GACCUACCAUACAGGCGAGAGGUAGUCAAAUUUUGUGUGAUUUUGUCAUUGUAUUUGAUAAACUUCUUCAUUGGAAAACCCAGCGCCUUUGGGUGACCCCUUUCCAACUUCAAACAAUCAAUGAAAGUCAUCGUCGAGGAAUACAAUCCACAAUGGGCUAUUCAAUUUCAGAACAUCAAGUCUGAGGUAGAAGACAUCCUUCGGGGAGUCCGAUAUAUUAGUAUUGAGCAUGUGGGCAGUACUUCAGUACCAGGUCUGCCCGCAAAACCAAUCAUUGACCUAUCUGUUGUCAGCGAGGCAGCAGAUGUGUCCGCAGCGAUCGAAGCCUUGACAUCGAAUGGAGGCUACACAUAUAUGGGGGAGAUGGGAAUCCCCGAUCGACAUGCGUUCCGGAAACCCUCAGUACUUCCGCGUCGGAACUUAUAUGUCUCUGUCAAAGGCUGCCACUCCAUCCGAAACCAUCUAGGUGUGCGGGAAGUUUGUCGAAGUGACCCCGAAGUUAGAGAGGCAUAUGGCCAAGCAAAACUAGCUCUGUCUGAAAGAGAAUGGAACAAUGUUGAUGAGUAUUGUGAAGCCAAGAAUGAAAUUCUCUCUUGGGUUCUGGAGAGAGCGGGUAUGAAUAGUGAGGACCGCAAGAUAGCGAGGCAGCUUAACACGACGACGCAGUGAGUGGAUAUGAUCAUGAACAUGAGUUACCUCGGAUCAUGGAAUGUGAGGAUGUGAUAGAUCCAAAUGUAUUGUUCGCCUUUUGAUG